AAUGUCUUUACCAUCGACAACAACAACAACAACAACAUUACCAUCAUCGUCAUCACCGUCGUGGUCAUCAUUAUUAUCAUCGGAAAAAGAUUACAAACAAUCAUCAUCAUCAUUUGUUGCUCAAUUCAAACGACUAUUUCGACAAUUACGACUACGAAGACGACGAUGGCCAAAAUUAAAUUGUUAUUCAUUGAUAACUAUAUUUAUACUAAUGUUUAUAUUACCAUUUUUAUUAAUAUAUCGUCUUUAUUGGUUUCGUGAUUUUGUCUAUUUAAUUCGGCCAACAUUCGAUCAUAAAGUAACGUUCAAAAAUGUGAUUACACAUUAUCAUAUGGCUACUGCUGAUAAUGAUACCGAUGAUCAGUCAUUAUGUUCAUUGCAUGGAUGGAUUUCAAGAAAACAACAGCAACAAUCUGAUCACAAAACAUCAUCAAACAUCAAAGUAAUUGAUGCAUUUUUAUUUUCAUUAGAAUUUGAUUUACUUGAAAUACGUUUGCGUGAAUUAUGGCCAGUUGUUGAUAUAUUUAUUGCUAUGGAAUCAGAUUAUACAUUUAGUGGUCGAAAAAAACCAUUAUGGUUAAAAGAAAAAUUCCCUGAACGUUUUCAAUGGGCAUCUGAAAAACUGAAAAUAUUUCAUUGUAAUCAACUUCAGCCAUUAGAAUCCAAUGAAAAUCCAUUUGUUAAUGAAAUUCGUAUGCGUAAUUGUAUGACAUGGACAAUACGUUCAUUAGCUAAACCAGAAGAUUUAAUAAUUGUUGGUGAUGUUGAUGAAAUACCAAGACAAUCAACAAUUGAAUUAUUUCGUAAAUGUAUUGGUUAUCCAGAAAUUGUACAUCUACAAAUGAAAACAUAUUUUUAUUCAUUUGAAUUUUAUUAUUCAUCGGAUGAUUUUUGGCAAUCCAAAAUACAGAUUUAUGAUCGAAUUAGGUUUUAUUAUAGCCAUCAAAAAGGUAGUGAUUAUCUUCUUGCUGAUAGUGGCUGGCAUUGUACAUUUUGUUUUCGUUAUUUACAAGAUUUUCGUUUCAAAAUGACAAGCUAUUCACAUAAUGAUCGUUUAAUGAAACGUUAUUAUCUGUUGGAAAGUGAAGAAAUACAGCGACGUAUUUGUAAUGGUUUAGAUAUUUAUGAUAUGUAUCCAGAAGUUUAUACAUUCAAAGAAAUGAUACAAAAAUUUGGUCCAAUUCCACGGACAAAUAGUUUUGUCGAUAUACCCAAUGCAUUGGUAAAAUAUUCGAAAAAAUUUUCAUUUCUAUUAAAAGGAAAUUGUAUACGUGAAGAUUAUCAACGUGAAUCUGUGGCUUAAUCAGGAUCACACGCACUGAGGAAAAACAUUAAUCAAAUUUUUUGCACACAAGGCUGAUCAGAGAUGUGUAAAAGGUUGUGAAAAAGAAAAGAUUGCCUUCAAACAAAAAUAUAUUUGUGGGAAAUAUUUGUUGUUUUCCACAUCCCACCACGAAAUAUCUCCACAACAAAUAUGGAAUCUAAAAAAU